GAUUGGUUGCCGCCGCUCGCCCGAGCUCAGUUGGAACGCAGGGGUUGUGCUUUUAAAGGCGCUAGCCCGUAGGCUCUGGAACUUGAUUGCUGCCUCUUCUGAGCGUGCUCCCGCGCUUUCGGCAUCCAGGUCACCUCGCCAGUAUGUCUCAGGCUGAAUUUGACAAAGCCGCUGAGGAGGUGAAACGCCUCAAGACCCAGCCAACUGAUGAAGAGAUGCUGUUCGUCUACAGUCACUUCAAACAAGCUACUGUGGGUGAUGUAAACACAGAUCGGCCAGGGCUGUUGGACCUCAAGGGCAAAGCCAAGUGGGAUGCGUGGAACAAGCUGAAAGGGACCUCCAAGGAAAACGCCAUGAAGGCCUAUGUAGAAAAGGUAGAAGAGUUAAAGAAGAAAUACGGAAUAUGAACGACCAGAUGUGGCGGCCAGCCGCGCGUGCGACCUGUGAGGACAAAAUGCCUUGGUUUUUUUUCUAAUGUAGAUGAUACGGCUCUGAUACGUUAGGGCCAGAGUUAAUCACUGCUCCUACUCCCUGUGUAGUUUUCACCUGAAAUCAAUUAAAAAUUUGUUACUGUA